UUGUCUCAGUACAUCAACAGCUCAAAAAAUGGAAGGCACCCGUUUUGGAGCUGAAAACAUGACCGGAGACUCAACACAUAAUACCACAAUGCAGCAUGAGGGCUUUAUGAGCUUUAAUGUCUUUCUUUCAUGCAUUUUCAUUGCCACCUUUGUAGUGGGUCUCAUUGGAAAUGGGCUUGUCAUAUUUCUGACUGGCUGCAGAAUGAAGACGACUGUCAACUCCAUUUGGUUUCUCAACUUGGCGAUUGCAGACUUCAUCUUCAUGUUGUCUUCAAUCAUAGAUCUUCUCUCAGCUUUGGGCCAGUGGCAGAGUCAAUUAAUGACUCACAUUUUCUUCAUGACAUUAACACUAAAUCUGUUUGCUAGUAUUUUUUUUCUUGUAGUCAUUAGUCUGGACCGAUGCCUGUGCACAUGGAUGGUUGUUUGGGCUCAAAAUAAACGAACUUCUCUUAAAGCCAAAAUCAUCUGCAUAAUUGUGUGGGUUUCAUCCAUAGGCUGCAGCAUUCCUUUCUUUAAUGUUCAUAUGUUUACUCGUGUGUCUCUGAUCACAUAUGAAUUUACAGUGGGCUUCCUCAUCCCCUUUCUGAUCAUUGCAACUUCAUACAUAGCUAUUGGAGUACGAAUCAAACGCCUCAAAAGGGUAAAGCAGCUCAGGUCAUUCCGGGUUAUUAUAACCAUAAUCCUGGCUUUUUUCUUAUGUUGGUUUCCAUACCAUGCUUGCAAUUUGUGUACAAUAACUGCAGUAAAAAGUGAUCAACCAGUACUUGUGAUAGCAAGGACUGUCAGUAUCUACCUGGUUUAUCUAAACAGCUGUCUGAACCCCAUUCUCUAUGUGUUCAUGUGUGAUGAGUAUAAGAAGAAGCUUAAACAGUCUCUGCUGCUGGAGACGGCUUUUGCGGAGGAUCAUCUGGACUUUAAGGCAGACGCAAAAGGACGUGCAGGACAUGAAAACCAAACUUGA